GACUGUAAAGUGCCUACUGAUGACCAGAUAAUGACGAUAGCCACUUAUCUGAGCGAGAAUAAAGUGGCAGUGAUUGCUACAACAAUUGGUGGAGUUGUAGUGACGGCCAGUUUUGUACUGUAUGCGAAAAACGAGUUGAAACGUCGUCAAGACCAAGUUGUUCUCGAACAACAACUCAGCUCGUUGAGGUUUCGUUUCUGUAAUCGUCGUUGA